GGGUCCGGCUGAGCCGGCUGCGGAGAGCGAGCCUGCCGCGAAGGCGACGGAGGCGGACGCGGGGCGACCCCGGCGGCAGCGGCGGCGGGGGAAGCGGGAGCCGCCUGGGAUGUUCAGUCAUGAAACGGGUCCGCACCGAGCAGAUCCAGAUGGCCGUGUCCUGCUACCUCAAACGCCGGCAGUACGGGGAUGCGGACGGCCCACUGAAGCAAGGCCUGCGGCUGUCGCAGAGCACCGAGGAGAUGGCUGCCAGCCUCGCAGUCCAAUCAGAAUCUGGUUGUGCCAACAUAGUGUCCGCAGCCCCUUGCCAGGCAGAGCCCCAGCAGUAUGAAGUGCAGUUCGGACGGCUGCGGAAUUUUCUCACCGAUUCUGACUCCCAGCACAGCCACGAAGUGAUGCCUCUCCUCUACCCUCUCUUUGUCUACCUCCAUCUCAACCUGGUCCAGAACAGUCCGAAGAGCACAGUGGAAAGCUUUUACAGCCGCUUCCAUGGAAUGUUUCUGCAGAACGCCAGCCAGAAGGAUGUCAUCGAGCAGCUCCAGACCACACAGACCAUCCAGGACAUCCUGUCUAACUUCCGGCUGCGAGCCUUCCUGGACAACAAGUACGUGGUUCGUCUGCAGGAAGACAGCUACAACUACCUUCUCCGCUACCUCCAGAGUGACAACAACACCGCGCUGUGCAGGGUCCUUGCCUGGCACAUCCACCUGGACGUGCAGCCCGCCAAGAGGACGGACUACCAGCUCUACGCCAGCGGGGGCUCUUCCCGCGGCGAGGGCGGUGGCCUGGAGCCUGCCGACGUGCCAGCGCCCAUCCUGCAGAAUGAGGCCGCGCUGGAGCUCCUGCAGGAGAGCAUCAAGCGCGUCAAGGACGGCCCCCCCUCGCUCACCACCAUCUGCUUCUACGCCUUCUACAACACAGAGCAGCUGCUGAACACUGCAGAGGUCUCCCCAGACAGCAAGCUGCUCGCGGCAGGCUUCGACAACUCCUGUAUAAAACUGUGGAGUCUGCGCUCCAAAAAGUUAAAGUCAGAACCCCAUCAAGUAGACGUGUCCCACAUCCACUUGGCUUGUGAUAUCCUAGAGGAGGAGGAUGACGAGGACGACAACGCGGGCACGGAGAUGAAGGUCCUGCGGGGACACUGCGGGCCAGUGUACAGCACCAGGUUCCUCGCAGACAGCUCAGGGCUGCUCUCCUGCUCCGAAGACAUGUCCAUCAGGUACUGGGACCUGGGCAGCUUCACCAACACCGUGCGGUACCAGGGCCAUGCCUACCCCGUGUGGGACCUGGACAUCAGCCCGCACAGCCUGUACUUUGCCAGCGGGUCCCACGACCGCACGGCCCGGCUCUGGUCAUUUGAUCGGACGUACCCACUGCGAAUCUAUGCUGGGCACCUGGCAGACGUGGACUGCGUCAAGUUCCACCCCAAUUCAAACUACUUAGCCACGGGCUCGACCGACAAGACGGUGCGGCUGUGGAGCACCCAGCAGGGGAACUCGGUGAGGCUCUUCACGGGCCACCGCGGCCCUGUGCUCUCCCUGGCCUUUUCCCCCAACGGUAAGUACCUGGCGUCCGCGGGCGAGGACCAGCGGCUGAAGCUGUGGGACCUGGCGUCCGGGACCCUCUACAAAGAGCUGCGGGGCCACACGGACAACAUCACCAGCCUGACCUUCAGCCCGGACAGCAGCCUGAUCGCAUCCGCGUCCAUGGACAACUCUGUGCGCGUCUGGGACAUCAGAAGCGCGCACUGCAGCACCCCCGCGGACGGCUCGUCCAGCGAGCUCGUGGGCGUCUAUACCGGCCAGAUGAGCAAUGUUCUGAGCGUGCAGUUUAUGGCUUGCAACCUCCUCCUGGUGACCGGAAUCACACAAGAAAGUCAGGAACAUUGAUUUGGAUCUUUGAUAUGACAGACUGGGGCGUGCAAAGGGCUCCAGACGGCAAGUCUUAGGACAGACAGAAUCCCUGACUGACUGUGAAGACUCCCCGUGUCCCCCCUUGCCCUGCCGAUGUCCCGAACCCACCACUCUCCACUCAGCCCCCAGGUGUGGAAGCACAGGGGCAGGAAGGGUGGUGACGGGGAGCAAACGUGAGAUGGGAAUCACGGAGACCCCACUGUGUCCUCGUGUGGCCCCUCCCUAUCUCUGGCGCCAAGGUGCCCUUGCCUCGCUGGGACUGCACUUGACCUGAGGAUGUUUGCCAGGCACCCUCCCCAGGAGCAGUGCCGCAGGGUCACCGGGUAGAAGGGACUCUCUCCAGGUAGGAAUGCGGGGGUGAGAAUUAGGCAAGGGGGCAGGGUCAUCCUGGCAAAUGUUUUUCCUUUUCUGUGAUUACAGAGAAC